AUGGAUUUGCACAUUCCUACUAGAGUUGCUUCUUCACUCAUGGCACAUGGUGCUACUCCGCAUCCGUACGGAGAUUCUGAAUCGAAUUUGAACGGAUGA